AUCCUAACUCUUCCCAUUAUCAACCUAUUCUCCUUACCACUCAUUCUAGGGACAAUAAUCACAAUGAGAUCUUCUUCUUGACUUAUAGCUUGAAUAGGCUUAGAAAUAAAUCUAAUAGGAUUUAUCCCACUUAUCUCUACCCAUUCAAACAAACGAGCCUCAGAAGCAUCUCUUAAAUAUUUUCUUAUUCAAACAAUUGCUUCCUCCACAUUUCUAUUCUCCUUUUUAUUAUCAUCUUCCUUCUCUAUUAUUCAAUUCACUAUAAUAACCCCAUGAAUAAUUCCUUUCAUAGUUAUUUUAACCCUAAGAGUUAAACUAGGAGCUGCCCCCUUCCACAUAUGACUUCCAACAGUCGCAGAAGGAUUAUCUUGAACAAAUUGCCUCAUUUUAAUAUCAUGACAAAAAAUAGCCCCCCUCUCCAUCAUCUCCAUAAUUUUUCCAAAAAAUCCCCUCAUUAUUAUCAUCGCCACCCUUUCUGCAAUCAGAGGAUCAAUAGGGGGAUUAAAUCAAACAUCUCUCCGAAAAAUUUUAGCCUUUUCAUCUAUUUCUCAUAUAGCAUGAAUACUUUCCUCUAUACUAAUCUCAAAAAUAUUAUGAUUAUUUUAUAUUUUUAUCUACUCAAUUAUUAUUUCUUCAAUCAUCUUAUGUUUUGCCCCCUUCAACAUACUCCACAUUAAUCAAGUUUCCACAAACCAAAAUAAAAAACUUAAUUCUCUCAUCACCAUUAAUCUCCUUUCUCUAGGAGGAUUACCCCCUUUUCUAGGUUUUUUACCAAAAUGGUUAAUCAUAUUCUAUUUACUUCAAAUAAACAUAUUCCUCAUAGUUUCAAUUCUAAUCAUCUCAACUCUCAUCAAUCUCUAUUAUUAUACUCGAAUUUCCUAUUCCUCACUACUCUUAAUCAAUUCAAACAAUAAAUGAAUAAAAACAAAAACACCACCAUUAACAAAGCAACUUCCACUUUCCAUAAUCUCAUUAUUUGGUCUGAUCACCUCAAUAUUAACAUUUACCUUAUUAUAA